AGGGCGGGGCGGUCCGUUUUUAAAAAUUCGAGGCGCUGUUGUUCAUUUGUUGGGUUGUUCACGAGUCUCCUGUUUGUUUUGUUGCGGAUAUUUACAGAAAAAAAAAUGUCUUCAAAAAUUCCGAAAGAAGCAAAGAAACAAGUCACCAAACAGGAAGCCAAAGACACGGCAGCAGCCAACACCGUCCACAGACCUGAUGGCAACAUAAAGGCUCUGAAGGAAAAUCAUCCAAGGAAAAAUGUUGCUCCUAAAAUUCAGAAAGGGAUCUCAACCAGGCACGGGCAGCAGGCAGAACUGAAGGAGCAAAAUGAGGAGCUACAGAAAAACCUUCUUGAGACACAGCAAAGAGUUGCUGAACUGAAGCUCCAAAUCAACGAGCUUCAAAACAAGAAUGUAGAGAUGAAGAAAAACCUGCACGACUGUCACGUUCUUCUCGUUUCAGCCAAAGUAGACCCAGUUUCAGGAAAAGCCAGCGGUGAUGCAGCACGAGACAGAGAAGAGGAAAGGAAAGAAGUCAUGGGCGUUUCCACAGAGCUGUUGAGGGAAUUAAAAGCUUUCGGGGAUGCUGCGGCACAGCAGUGCAGUAGUCUGAAGGAGAUCCAGACAAACAUUGAGGACAUGUCUAAAGCACGAGAAGUCAUGAAGCAGGAAAGGCAGAACUUUUCACAGCAGGCGGCUGAAAUGGAGGAAGCUCUAAAAGAAGCAGAAAGACUCUUAAUGUAAACGAGUCAAAGAAAAACCUUUAAUAAAUGUGAUACUGUAUGGAUUGUUUUUAAAACUAAAUAAAGAGCAACUUUAUUACUAUA